GAAGUUAUAUUUGAUAGGUUUUAUCGUGGUUUUCCUAAUUCAAGUCAAAUCAAUAUCAUCGGAUAUGGGAUAUGGAUUUUAUGAGUGUUUUUUAAGCGAUGAUGGCGAAACACUUGACUUCAUUUGCAACAGUGCCGAAACAAAACCGAUGUGUCCCGAAUUCAAUCGAUCACAGGUGAAAAUACUGAAAUAUCAAUGUGAUCACACCGUUGGAACCACAAACUUUUUCCGGAAUGUCAUCAAUACAUUACCAAAUUUAAGCACAGUCAAUGUGUCAUGUCUCCAGUCAUCGUUUUUUUCAAUUCCAAUGAAUGUUAAAUUCGCAAAAAUCGAAAUAUUGAAAGCGUCACGAAAUCAAUUGACUGAAAUUCCUAGUGGUAUUUUCGAUCAAAUGCCGAAUAUAAUUGAAAUUGAUUUCUCAUGGAAUAAAUUUACGAAAAUUCUAUUGAAACAUUUGACCGGAGCCGAUCAUUUAACGAAAAUUGAUGUUAUGCAUAAUAAUAUUGGUUAUUUGGAUGCUGCAGCAUUUGGCGCCGUAAAAAACCUGGAAGUAUUGGAUUUGAGCUAUAAUAAACUCGAAAGCAUCGAGGACAAUGUGUUCAAGGAAAAUGACAAGUUGAAAUUGUUGAAUUUGAGACACAAUAAAUUAUUGAGUUUUAAUUUUAGAAUAUUUUCACCGAGUGCAACCGAUAUUGAGGUCUAUCUCCCGUCGAGGAGUAUCGAAAGACUUGACAUUGGAUGCAUUCAAUCGGUUUGUCAUUUUAAAGGCUUUCAAGACGGAGACAACUUUGAUGUGAUUAAGACGUUUAAAGCGGAAGGCAAUAAAUUCAGCAAUUUUUCGAUUUUAUUUGAGAAACUCGGCAGAAGUCUUGAAACUUUGAUUUUAUCACGAUGUAUGUUUGAAACCAUAACUCAUAAUCUGUUGGAGAAAUUCACGUCAUUAACAACUAUAAUGAUGACUAAUGCAAAUAUCAGCAGCAUUGAAGCAAAUGCGUUUUCUUAUCAAACGCGACUCGUUUUGCUUGAUUUGUCUUACAACAAAUUGACGGAUGUUGAUUCAACACUGUUUUCGAGAAAAUUUCACGAUUUGGAAACACUUUACUUGGAAGGUAACCAAUUACAAAGAAUUGACAAUAUUACUUCGGCCAAUCUUCCGAAAUUGCAAUCGAUUUUUGUCACCAAAAAUCGAUUUUCGUGCAAUUAUUUGGUAAAAUAUGUGGUUCAAUGGAAGAAAACCAUUCAAUUUGGCACACGUCAGUCGGAUGUGAAUGUUGUUAAUGUCAGAGGAAUCGAUUGUAGUUAUGCUGAUGUCAGUGAAAAAUCUUGUGAAACGGAAACACCACAUUCACUUGAAUGUCCUUCGACACUGCCAUAUAUUAUCAUUAUCACCUUUCUGAACAUAGUUUUAUCAGUCAUCGUUGCAACUGCGAUUUACUGGCGUCGGAAAUCGUUCAAACGAACAGUCGGCGGAUUAAUUAAAACCGAUGCUGGCAUUCAAACGAUGGACUCAUUUGAAUCGGCGGUGAAUAUGUUGAACAAUUCAAAUAAUGACUCGUUUUACGAAGAAAUCGAGCUAAAGAGCAUACCAUCCGAAGGUUAUCAAACGUUAUCAAAUGAUGUUUUGACACUCGAAAGUCGACCACUUCCGACGCCACCCACCACUCUAGAUAAAACUCAUAAACCAAAUCACCAUACAUCACCACUUGACUAUCAAUACGCUCAAGUGUGUAAAAGAUGAUGAUGCGGACGAUUUUUUUUAAUUAAAUAAUAAUAAUACAAAAUUUGUUGUUCGAUUCUUAUCUUCAGCAGUCGAAGUGAUA